UCGCCGCAAACCUUUGUCGGUCUGAAAACUGCGAGUUGGUCAUGUGGACAGAACCACCGGCGGUGCUAUCCGGCGGAUCCAUAGAAGUGUUCUGCAGGUGCAAUAGUUCCACGGUGGGAUGGCAGGAUCUCACCGUAUCCGACUGGCAAAACCUAACAGUCGAAACAAAUCGAGUCGACGACGUCACCAUUAAGCACAGAAAACGGAACGUCAUAAGAGACUUUAUGCUGUACUGCAGACUUCAGGAUGUCGUAGUGACCAAGAUGUAUAUGCCCAUAGUUCCAUUAAUCCGCGUGGAGGAGUUAAGAUGUCACUUUCAUCCUCUCGAAACUGAGCUAUCGUGCAAUUUCAGCGAUGCGAACUAUUUUGUUAGCAACAAAAACUACUUCUUGAGCAUUAACAGAUCACCGAGCGUUCCGUGCUUAUUGAAAACCUACGAAAAUACCUUCCAUUGCCCAGGAAUACCCACAAAAAACAUAUACAAUAAGUAUAACUUAACAGUGGAUAUGGAUUACAAAGGAUACAAUCAGUCCCUACAGCUCCAGCUCGGCUACAAACAAGUCCUUUUCCCGGAGUGGCCCAAAUAUAAAAUACAUAUAGUGGCCGCUAGUCGCGACAUACUAUAUCUAAUUUGGCCAAGUCCUUUCGAUCCGCCCGAUAAUGAAAACAUGGAAUGGCGAAUAUGGUUUUUGCCACAAAACCCCAGGAUUGAGAAGUAUCUUAUCCAGAAAAAGAUGUAUCUAAGAUUACAUCCAUUUUAUACGUGGUACUUUUUUCAAAGUCCAUCGUUCGCACACCAGACCUAUAUAUUGCGUAUGUCACGUCGAUAUCCCUUUUGGGAAUCACCCUGGUCGCCCGAGAUCGAGACCGCAGAUUUCGUAACGGAGGCCAGGACACCGGAUCGACCUCCCAAGUUUCUACCAAACGGAUUCUUCCACCAGCCGGAAAAUGGAAAUCUGUAUGUGUAUUGGCUUCACCUGGACGAACUGGAGUUCAACGGACCGAACUUUACGUAUUACGUUUCAGCCGGCAAAGAAAAGACAGCUACCAUCUUGAGCAACAACUCCGCUUUGUUUCGGGAUUGGGAUGCCACCAAGCCGGCCACAGUAGCCAUUUGGAGCGAAAACUCCAAGGGAAGAUCAGAGUACACCAGCGAACUGAAAGUGCCGAUGUUAACCAAUUCCUUACGACACCAAGCCAGAAAUUUGUGGUACCACCUGGAUAAUCAGAGUAUCACAUGGCAGCCACCAAUGGAACAGGCUGACCUCGUUGGAUACACAGUCUCCUGGUGUCCCGUUACUGUCAAUAGUUUGCCCAUCUGCGAUGACCACGAGCUCAUCCAGUUCAAAGUGCUGAACGCAUCGGAGCAUAGAUUUCAGUUCAAAGGAUCCAUGGUGCUGCCAAAUAUUGCUGUGACUGCAAACUAUAUGAAUAAUACUGGCGGUGGAAUGCAAUGGCACAGUCGCAGGUGGAUGAGUCGCCAGGAUUACGAAAAAGUUUCUAGCAUAUCAUUGUAUCUUGCUUUCGCGAUCAUCGUGGUUUUGAUUGCACCGGUAUAUGUUCUUAUUCGGAAGCUACGACAUAUGGCACAAAUCGAUGUAGACGUGCCUGAUAUCUUGUUUAAGUCAGUGGAUCCGAAUAAGGAGUGCGAUGGUAGGAAGAGAAGCUCCUUUGUGCAGACCGCCGUUCCCGGAAACUUCUCGCCCAAAGCUGUGAUGAACAUACCAACACUUCCUACGGAUUCUAAUGAGAUAAUAUAUUCGCAAAGCGCUGCUAACUCAUACGUAUUUAUGAAUCAAAAGUUAAGCACAACAACAAUUGGAUCCUAAACUCAAAACAAGUUAAA